AUGACAGACUCCCCUGAGCCUGGCAUGGCUGACAGGCCUCCUCCUUCGGCGAGCAGAGGGAAACGAAAACGUGAGCCUGAACGGGAACCUGGCGAUGAGAGCUCAGCUGCAAGUGAAUCGAGCGGAUCAGGAUCUAAACGAGGCGCCAAAGGAGGUAAAGGAAAGCCGGGCCUCAAGAGGCAAGCCAGCAACAUCGUGGUGCCCUGUGUCAUGGAAUGGCCAGAAGCGUUCAAGCAACUGGAGCGGACACAUCGUGCGCUCAACCUUGUGUAUACCUUUUGCACCACACGAAAACACCUCGCUACAACCUUUGAUAUGAUAAAACCGGCCGUGGAAGCUCACACGAAACGAGACCUCUCAAUUGAAGAGAUUGCAUCGAUGGUAGCACUUCGCCCAGAGGGUAUCUACUUCGCCUACGUUGACGAGAUCAUGCUGCAACUGGACAUCAAAGGAUCAGAAAGGGAUGAUGUUUUCAGAAACGGAAGGUCAUCAAGGUCACAGGCACCAGCUCACGAUGCAUCGGUUGGUGGUUAUUCCGGCAUGGAGAGUCUUGACAAGCAACACGAUCGGGAACUUGAGCCUACGGGGCGGGAGGUGCUGUUUCUCGAGUUUCUCGAUGGCGAUCUGAAGCGUCAGGUCCCCAGUAAGACGGGGGAACCGACGGACCCAAACAGAAGGUUGAGAGCAGAGCAGCUGAGGAUGCCUGUCUUCAGCCAGAAGCAGAUGACGAACCUCAUUGAGAGGCGGAACCAAAAGUUUGCGAAUGCCAUUAAUGUCUUUCUGAACAAGUGUGUCGAAGACAAACUGGACCCGCAAGAGACCCUUACAGAACGAACAAAGAGUCACAUCCCGAUGCCAUCAACGAACGAAGAAUUUGCCCCAGAGAAGGCAGCAGACUCCAUACCGGAGAGUAUUCCAAAAGAAAGGAAGUCAAUACCUGAGAUUGUUCAAGAUCUCAAAGACAGCCCGUGGUAUACGGGACAGAUCGUCCCAGACGGACAUCGAGUAUUUGAGCAACAGGAACCCGUCUAUGGCGAUCUUAACUUUCUACUGAGUCAGGAUCUGGUGAAUGCUCUGUAUAACGCCAAAGGGAUCACUCAAUUCUAUGCACAUCAAUCAGAAGCUCUCAACAGUCUUCAUGAUGGCCAGCAUGUCGUUGUGUCAACUUCAACAAGCUCUGGAAAGAGUCUUAUCUACCAGCUUCCAGUGCUCUACGCCCUUGAGCAAGAUUGCAACUCCAGAGCCAUGUACAUUUUCCCGACGAAAGCUUUGGCACAGGACCAGAAGCGGAGCUUGAAGGAGAUGAUGGGUUACAUGCCUGGUCUCGAAGAGACCAUGGUCGAGACAUUUGACGGAGAUACUCCCAUGACUGAUCGAAAUAUGAUUCGAGAGCAAGCGAGGAUCAUCUUUACAAACCCGGACAUGCUUCACAUCACCAUCCUACCUCAGGAGGAGCGCUGGAGAUCAUUCCUGAAGAAUCUUAAGUACGUUGUUGUGGACGAGUUGCACUACUACAACGGUCAAAUGGGAUCCCACAUGUCAUUUAUCAUGCGAAGGCUAAGGCGAAUUUGUGCUGCCGUGGGAAACCGACGCGUCAAGUUUAUCUCUUGCUCAGCCACGGUAGCCAACCCGGAGCAGCAUUUCAAGACGAUAUUCGGCAUUGACAACGUCCGCCUGAUAGAUUUCGAUGGGUCCCCAUCUGGACGGAAAGAGUUUCUCUGCUGGAACACGCCCUACAAGGACCCUGGUGACCCUGCUUCUGGACGCGGCAGUGCCAAGUUCGAGUGUGCGCGUCUCUUCUGUGCCCUUAUGUUGAGGGGUGUGAGGAUCAUUGCAUUCUGCAGGGUCAGAGCCCAAUGUGAGGUGCUGGUUAGCGCCAUCAAGCAAGAAUUGGAGGCCUUGGGGCGCCCAGAAUGCAUCAACCUCGUGAUGGGAUACCGUGGCGGUUAUACGGCACAGGACAGACGCAGGAUUGAGACUGAAAUGUUUCAGGGUCAGCUCCUGGGAAUUGUCGCGACUACGGCGCUGGAACUAGGCAUCGACAUUGGCUCAUUGGACUGUGUCAUGACCUGGGGUUUCCCGUAUACUAUUGCCAAUCUGCGUCAACAGAGCGGCAGGGCGGGACGCCGCAACAAGGAUUCGCUGUCAAUCCUGGUUGGCGACGGGUUUGCUACCGACCAGCACUAUAUGCAGAACCCGGACGAGCUAUUUACAAAGCCCAACUGCGAGCUGCAGGUUGACCUGGAGAAUAUGCUGGUGCGUGAAGGCCACAUCCAGUGUGCGGCUUACGAGAUGCCCAUACGUCCAAAUGAAGACAGAAAGUACUUCGGCAAAGACUUGCCGAAGAUCUGCGACGAGCGCUUGCUGAGGGAUGAGAUGGGGUUCUACCACUGCCACGAUCGAUUUCGACCAAUCCCUGCAAAGUACGUUGCUAUUCGAGACACGGAAGAUGAGCAUUUUGCUAUUAUCGACAUUACAAACGGCCGGAACGUCGUGUUGGAAGAGCUGGAGGCCUCCAGAGCGACAUUUACCAUCUACGACGGUGCCAUCUUCCUUCACCAGGGCAACCCGUACCUUGUACGAGAUUUCCUCCCUGACAAGAGGAUGGCCAAGGUGGAAAGGGUCAAGGUAGACUGGACAACUGUGCAGCGCGACUAUACUGAUAUUGACCCUACUGAGACGGAAGCCAUCAGGACUAUCCCGGGGUCACGCUCACAUGCCUACUACGGUACUAUCAAGAUUCAGCAGAACGUAUUUGGUUUCUUCAAGGUUGACCGGAAGGGGCGGGUACUUGACGCAGUGCAAGUGGACAACCCGCCAGUAAUUCGUUUCAGCAAAGGGAUGUGGCUUGACGUCCCCAAGAAGGCCAUUGAUAUCCUUCAGGCAAGACGGCUUCAUGUGGCAGCGGGGAUUCAUGCAGCAGAACAUGCCAUCAUGAGUCUACUACCGACGUUCGUCGUCAGCAUGCCUGGCGAUGUACGAACCGAGUGUAAGAUUGCGGUAAAGGAGUUUGCAAAAAAAGAAACUCAGAGAAAGCGGCCAGCGCGGUUGACAUUCUACGACGCCAAAGGAGGCGCAGGAGGGUCAGGUAUCAGCACCAAAGCUUUCGAUCACAUCGACCAGCUGCUGCGGGAUGCCCUGCAGCGAGUUGAAGGUUGUCAGUGUGAGCGAGGCUGUGUGGAAUGUGUAGCAUCAGAGUUGUGUAAGGAAGCUAACGAGGUGAUGAGCAAGGCGGGAAGCCAGGUGGUCCUCAAGACUCUGCUAAACAUGGAAGUGGACGUGGACGAGCUACCGAUGGGCCCAGAGCUGAACACGCCGGUGGGGAUCGAGACGGUGGUGGUCGCAGAGGCUGUGCCAUACCGGACCAAAGAUGCAGUGUUUGGGAACAAGCCGGCAGUGCAGGAGGGCCAAGGCGAGUCUGGGGACGUUUCUGGGGACGCUGCCAAGCCAGGAGGUUCUGGAACUCCAGAUGGCGACGGGGGGUUCGAGAGGUGGCUUGGGGGUUCAAUGUAA